AUGCGGCUGUCGUUGCUCCUCUCCUUGUUGGCGAUCCCGGCGGCCCUCGGGGUCGAGCCGACGGUGUUCGUCGUGAUUCUGGUCCGAAACAAGGCUCACGUCUUGCCUUACUUCCUCACUCUCCUGGACCGGCUGGACUACCCAAAGGACCGGAUGAGCCUGUGGAUCCGCAGCGACCACAACACCGACGACUCCGUGUCUAUCCUGACCAAGUGGCUGGACGCGAAGAGAUCCGACUACCGCAGCGUGGAUUUCCGGCACCGAGACUCCGGACGCUGGCAGGACGAGUACCAGCCGUGGAAGUGGUCGAAAGAGCGGAAACAGGUCGUCCUGGCCCUCAAGGAAGCGGGUCUGAUGAAGGCAAGGUCGUCGCGAGCCGACUUUGUCCUCUUUUUGGACGCAGACGUUCUUCUCGUCCGCCCAGGGGUCUUGAAGGCCUUGAUCUCCGAGAAGAAGACCGUGGUCGCUCCUCUACUCAAGUCCCUGGACGAUCAUGCCAACUUCUGGGUGGCCAUGGCCGAUGACUUCACGGAGAAGCCAUCCGAGGAGACCGAGAAGAUCCGGGACCAGGAGACGACCGGGGUGUUCCAGGUGGACGUCGUCAGGAACUUCGUUCUCGUCAAUCUACGUCGUCGCAGUUCCGAAGAACUGACGUUCGACCCCGAGGGGAUCUCGGAAUACGAUGGACCCUACGACGGCGACAUCGCCUUCGCCGUCUCGGCCGCCAGGAAUCAGGUGCAGCUGUUUUUAGCCAACACGGAAAGAUUCGGGUUCGUUCCCCCUCCUUUGUCCGAGGGCGAAUACCUGGCAGAAGACAAGGAACGGGUUCAGUCGUUGGUGCUGGAGUCGACGGAAGUGCUGUGGGAAAUCCCCCUGGACGAAAUGUUUGCCGAUGACGUGGAAAAGCCUCGCCUGAAUCACAUGGGCAUCCAAGCCGUCUACGUCAUCAACCUGAAGCGAAGGCCGGAACGUCGUCGUCGAAUGGAAGCGGUGUUGAAAUCCCUGGGAUUCCGAGCCACCUUCGUGGACGCCGUGGACGGGAAGACCCUCGACGAGUCUCGAUUGAAAGAAAUGGGCGUGAAACUGAUGCCCGAGUUCCGGGAUCCCAGCCAGAAUAGACCCAUGACCUACGGCGAGAUCGGCUGCGUCCUCAGCCACCACCACGCCUGGCAAGAGAUCGUGAAUUCGAAGCGGAAACUCGCCAUGAUCCUCGAAGACGACGCCCACUUCGAACCCUUCUUCAGACAGCGUCUCUCGGACGCCCUCGAAGACUUCAGUCGCCUCAGACUACCCUGGGACUUCCUCUACCUGGGCCGAAAGUUCCUCGACCGCUACGACUUGGAGGAAGACGUCGAAGGCAGCGAAAACUUGCGCACGGCCGAAUAUUCCUAUUGGUUGGUCGGCUACCUGCUCACCUACGAGGGGGCCAAGAAGCUCGUCGACGCGGGAUUGUUGAAUAAUCUCAUCCCCUCCGACGAAUUCGUGCCCGUCAUGUUCGACAAGCACCCAAACGAGACGUACAGCAGGCAUUUCCCGCGAAGGGAUCUGAGGGCGUAUUCCGUGACGCCCAGGCUGGUGUGGCCGACGUUCUACCCCGGGGAUGGGCAGUACGUGACCGACACGGAGGACUCGGAACAGGUGCCGGAUUCCGUAUUCGAGGCUGGAUCGUCCAAGCCUUCCAAGCAGGUCUACUUGGACCUGUACGAGGACGAAGAGGACGACGAAACGGCAUCGUCCGACGACUCACGCGACGCCGACGAAGGUGACAUUCCCGACGGUGACACCGACGCCCCCCAGAACGACGAGGCAUUCGAGGAGCGGAGAAACGCAUUGCUCCCCUACAAACAGAGCCUGCUGAAAUCCUCAUACCGGGACUUGGAGAAGGAACUCGCAUCGAGCCUGAAAGAAAGCGCGGAGGAGGCCCUGAGGCAUCUCCGUUCCUCGCAGUUUCAUUCCGGCUUUCGCCUCAAAGAAGAACUGUGA